UCCGCCCACGGUAUAUAGCAGUGAAGGUGAAGGUGACGGCUGCAGUCAAUGUCUAUCAGUGCCGGGUGUCUGACCGCAGUGUACUCAGCCAUGGCCUCUCCGUCCAUCUUCCAAGCCGUUCCCAAUGCGCCCCCGGUGGCCGUAUUCAAGCUCACCGCCGACUUUCGUGAGGACGGCGACCCUGGCAAGGUCAACCUGGGCGUUGGAGCCUACCGCACAGAUGACUCUCAGCCCUGGAUCUUACCAGUGGUGAAGAAAGUGGAGCAGAUGAUCGCCAAUGACCACACGUUAAACCACGAGUACCUGCCCAUUCUUGGGCUGCCGGAAUUCCGCUCUAGUGCUUCCAGGAUUGCUCUGGGCAGUGACAGUCCAGCGUUCAAGGAGAAUCGGGUAGGCGGUGUCCAGACUCUAGGUGGUACUGGUGCGCUACGCAUUGGAGCGGAGUUCUUAAGGCGCUGGUACAAUGGGACCAAUAACACUGCAACCCCCAUCUACAUCUCUUCUCCUUCCUGGGAAAACCAUAAUGCUGUAUUUAUUGAUGCUGGCUUUAAGGAUAUCCGAGCAUAUCAUUACUGGGACGCUGCUAAUCGAGGACUCGACCUUAGGGGGCUGUUGGAAGACUUAGAGAACGCCCCAGAGUACUCCAUCUUUGUGUUGCACGCCUGUGCUCACAAUCCUACUGGUACAGACCCCACCCCGGACCAGUGGAAACAGAUAGCUGAUGUCAUGAAGAGGCGCUAUCUAUUCCCAUUCUUCGACUCUGCCUAUCAAGGCUUUGCCUCUGGAAACCUAGACAAGGAUGCCUGGGCUGUGCGCUACUUUGUGUCUCAGGGAUUUGAGCUGUUUUGUGCUCAGUCAUUUUCCAAAAACUUUGGUUUAUACAAUGAGAGAGUGGGGAACCUGACCGUUGUAAGUAGAGACGGCGAUAGUGUUGAACGUGUCCUAUCUCAGAUGGAGAAGAUUGUGCGUACCACCUGGUCCAAUCCCCCAUCGCAGGGAGCGCGCAUUGUAGCCACCACACUGAACACUCCUGAGCUGUUUGAUGAAUGGAGGGACAACGUGAAGACCAUGGCAGAGCGAGUGCUGCUCAUGAGGGCUGAACUUAAAAGUAGAUUGGAAGUUCUGAACACACCGGGUACCUGGAAACACAUUGUGGAACAGAUAGGAAUGUUCAGCUUCACCGGCCUUAAUCCUAAGCAAGUUGAAUACCUUAUUAAGAACAAACAUAUAUACCUGAUGGCCAGUGGGCGCAUCAACAUGUGUGGCCUGACAACAAAGAACAUCGACUACGUGGCCAAGUCUAUUUAUGAAGCAGUCACCAAGAUCCAGUAAAGAGCUCCCGUUUAUAGUGAAUAGUGUUGAAUUGUGAUGUGUUCUGUCACCCUGAUGCUCACAAUUAAGACCUCAAUUUUGUGUUGUUGUUGUUUUUUUUUUUUUUUUUUUUUUUUUAUUGUAUUUUUCUUCAUGGCUUUAAACGGAACAAAGCAUCGCAGGGAGACAUGUUACAUGUGACGCAGCGGAAAUAAUGUGCACUGCCUAUCUCCAGGCUCCACUUUGUGUGUCUGCAGUACAGCGAUCCAGGGUCCUCUGCUGGCUGCACGCCCGGCACGGCCUCCUCUGUGGUCAGCGGAGGAAUCCUACACCCUGAAUACUGUGGUUGUGCAUUUAAUGACCACUCUAAACACCAAAUAAGCCAUGCCCCAUGUAGGCCUCCUUAUAGUGCAGAUAUGUCAGCGGGCUGUAGAGAUGUGGCAUGUGCAAUAUUUAGUCUCUCUUCCACUGGUGAGUGUUGUGUUUGUGCCCACAGAGUACACGGCACGCUUCAGCAGUCACUCACAAUCUGCUGGUACAGUUUAUAGGAGUUCUGCUUUGUCAGUAACAGUCUGUUUCAGCCUGAGGGUGUUAAUCACUACAAGUAUAAACUUCAAAAAUGAUCCCCCUGCAUGUGCUGGAUAUUUCAGGUACAUGGUUGGCUGACAUUCAUGGAUUAGUACUAGUGUAGUAGCUUGUGGUCCACAUGAGUGGCUGCUUAUACUGCAGGGUUACUGGUUGGGGGCUUAUACUGUAAGCAUCUUUUGUCAUUUUUCUGUAUGGCGCAGGGGCCCUACUCACUGGCCGAGCUGCCCGACGGCGGAUACGGCCGACGAGCGACCCGGCGGCGGGGGGGGGGAGUGAAGUUUCUUCACUCCCCCCGUCACGCGGCUCCAUAGAACUGCAGGCAAAUAUGGACGAGAUCGUCCAUAUUGGCCUGCAUGCACAGCCGACGGGGGACCAGUGAUGAACGAGCGCGGGACCGCGCAUCGUUCAUCGCUGGAGCCUCCACACUGAAAGAUAUGAACGAGUUCUUGUUCAUUUAUGAACGAGAUCGUUCAUAUCUUUCAAAAAAUCGGCCAGUGUGUAGGGCCUAUUAGAAACGUACGAUUACACUGCCCGUACACAUUACCACAGGCCACAGCUGCUGUAUAAAUGCUGUGCACUCUAGGCACAGGUACAGAGGGUGUAUGCACUGGAAUAAUGAGACCUGCAGGCUAUAAAUUUGUCUAGGACUGUCAUUACACAAGCUGUGUAUGUUAUAGGUUCCCGGUGGGCAGCCCUUUAUUGUUCGUACUGACUGUUAUUGGUCCUCUCUCUUGCAUACCGGGGCUGUGUGACACUGCAAUAUGACUGGAAUACAGCCACCCAUGGCCGCUGCAUCCUGUAACACUAAAUAACCAAAAAUCACUGUCUUACAAUAAAUCAUUGUUGGAAAAUAAAUAUUAUGACCUAAUUUAUCAAAGCUGAGCAAUAAAUCCGAUUAUAUGGUG